CGGGAUUGCCCCAGAUUCUGGGCCUACACGUGGGUUGAGUGGCUGUCAUCCCCGGAUGUUCAUAAAGGCCCGCAAACCCUGAACCUGGGGUGGAAUCUCCGCAUUUUUCAUCUGUGAUCUUCCUUAGCGAAUGAUCAAAUCCACUGGCUCCACUGUGGUCAUUGCAGAUUCAAGCCCUUCAACAUGCGUCUCUCUCCGGCAUGGUACCAGUUCUUGGUCGGUGUCUUCGCCUCUGUCGGCUCGUUCCUUUAUGGAUACGAUCUGGGUGUGAUUGCGGAGGUCAUCGCCAGUGGUUCUUUCAUGACUAAAUUCAAUCCGGACAGUACUCAACAAGGUCUCGUUGUCUCCAUGUUCACUGCAGGUGCUUUCUGCGGUGCAGCAUUCGCAGGUCCUACUGGUGAUCGACUGGGUCGACGAUGGACCAUCGCUAUCGGCUGUCUGAUUUUCUGCCUUGGCGGAGGUCUUCAGACUGGAGCUCGGUCAAUUGAAUUCUUGUACAGCGGAAGAUUCUUUGCCGGUCUUGGAGUCGGCUUCCUUACCAUGAUCAUUCCCCUUUACCAAGCUGAGAUCUGCCACCCUGACAUUCGAGGUCGAGUCACAGCGCUACAACAGUUCAUGCUUGGUGUCGGUUCGCUGUGUGCAGCCUGGAUUUCUUAUGGCACAUACAUUGGCUUCUCCCCGACCAACGAUGCCCAGUGGCAAGUGCCCCUUGGUCUGCAGAUCGCACCAGCUGUUUGUCUGGGUCUUCUCAUCAUGUUCUUCCCAGAGUCUCCUCGUUGGCUUAUCGAUCACGGUAAACAUGAAGAAGGUCUAAAGACGCUGGCCCAGCUUCAUGCUCAUGGUAACGAGGAUGACUCGUGGGUGCGUGCGGAAUACCAGCAAAUUCAAGAGAGUAUCAAGUUUGAACAUGAUAAUGAGGCCAAAUCUUACGCGGAACUCUUCACCUCGCGCUCUUCCUUCCGUCGCCUGUUCCUCUGCUGUGCUCUUCAGGCGUCCGUACAGAUGACGGGUGUAUCUGCCAUCCAGUACUAUUCCGUGACAAUCUACAAGCAAAUCGGUAUCGCCGGUGACGAUACCCUUCGGUACCAGGCCAUCAACUCCAUCAUCGCCUUGGUCGCUCAAUUCCUCUGCAUCAUGUUCAUCGAUCGCUUCGGUCGUCGUUGGACUUUGAUCGGUGGCAACUUGGGCAAUUGUGUCACCUUCAUCAUCGCCUGUGCUCUUCUCGCCAAGUUUCCUCCAGAGGCCAACAACACAGGCGCUCACUGGGGCUUCAUCAUCAUGACCUGGCUGUACAACUUCUCAUUCUCGUGCACUUGCGGUCCCCUGUCGUGGAUCAUUCCCGCAGAGGUCUUCGACACACGGACACGUUCCAAGGGUGUGUCGCUGGCUUGCAUGAUUUCCUAUGCCUUCAACACCAUGAUCGGCCAAGUGACCCCCAUUGCGAUGGAGAGCAUUCGCUACAAGUACUACUUCCUAUUCAUCAUCUGUAACUUCACGAACGCCGUGUUCUUCUGGCUUCUUCUUCCUGAGACCAAGAAGCUUCCUCUUGAGGAGAUGAAUGCCCUCUUCUCCAAUUCCCCUUGGAUUGUGGUUGGAACACGCAAGGAAGACUAUAUCACCAACGACUUGGAGCGCCGUGUCGAGGAACAGGAGGAGAAGAGGGGCGCCUUUGCGACACACGCUGAAGCUCACGAGUAGAGGAUUUGAUGGCGUAUGCGAUACGCAUGUCUAUCGCUGCUGUCUGCGGGGGGUUGCACC